GGGCAAGAUGGCCGCCCCCAUCAAGAUCACGGAGGAGGAGGGGGCUGGGCAGGGCUGACGCCCUUUUUUCCCCCUCCUUUCCCCCUCUCCAGACAUUUCCCGCGAUCUGCCCUUCUCCUUCUGAAAAGGGGUUGUCCGGCUACCCCCAUUCCCCCCCAUGCAUUAUUGAUUGUGGGGUCUCCAUCCCUGCUUUUCACCUGAGCCCUCGAAACACGCCUUGGCCUCCCCCCGCUUUCUCAAAGCAAAUGUCCGAGCAAGCGAAGGCGUCACAGUUUCUGCAAAGUUUGGAGUUUUAGGGGUUUUUUGCAUCAUGUCUGAAAAAGGAUUUGUUUUCCCCCCCGGGCUCCUGGUGUGAAGCAACACAGCCGUUUCAUCCUUUCUUUUAAUCGAGGCUAGGAAACGAGAGGCUGAUGGGCCAAGCUCUUGCUAUGUAGUGUGUUGUAAAGGGGCCAUGGGGAAUAUAUUAACCCCCUUCCCCGGCCCACGAAAAGGGGCUCGCCGAGCAGAAGGACUUUCCAAUCCGGGUAGCUUUGAUGAACUCCACCGAAAAUGCAAAGAUGUUUUCCCCCAACAAAUGGAAGGAGUCAAGCUGAUAAUUAAUAAAUACCUGAGUAGCCAUUUCCAGGUGACCCACACCGUUCACAUGAGCACAAUUGGCCACUCGAGUUACCACCUCAAUGCAACCUACGUGGGAGAUCAGCAGCUGAGUCCUGCCGAGUCCCCUUUCCUGGUUCCUUCCCAGGCUUUCCCCACCCUUACUGGCGAUAUUAACAACGUCGGGAGCCUCAGUGCCCAAGUUCUCCAUCUUUUAGCGGAGCGGAUACGCACCAAAGCAGUUUUUCAGACUCAACAGGCCAAAUUCACGACUUGGCAGUUCGAUACCGAAUAUCGUGGGGACGACUAUACGGCCACCCUGACUUUGGGCAACCCCGAUCUGAUCAGCGAAUCGGUCAUCGUCGUUGCACACUUCCUCCAGAGCGUGACUUCACGGUUGGUUCUAGGGGGUGAAUUGGUGUAUCACCGACGGGCCGGAGAAGAAGGUGCAAUUGUCACUCUGGCUGGGAAAUACACCGCUCUGAAAUGGAUAGCCACCCUUAAUUUGGGGUAUGGUGGGGCUCACGCCAGUUACUACCACCGGGCAAACGAUCAGAUUCAGGUUGGAGUGGAAUUUGAGGCCAACACCCGGCUUCAGGACACAAGCUUUGCUUUUGGGUAUCAGCUCACCCUGCCCGAAGCCAAUAUGAUUUUCAGGGGGUUUCUGGACAGUAACUGGUGCGUGGGGGCAGUUCUGGAGAAGAGAAUACUUCCCUUGCCCGUGACCUUAGCUCUGGGCGCCUUCCUCAACCAUUGGAAACACCGGUUCCAUUGUGGGUUCAGUAUCAUUGUGGGUUGAGAGCCUGGCUCAGCCUGGGCCCGCUGCAAAAGAGGCGGUUGGGGUUUAAACGCGGAGCAGCUGCUCGGCCAGAGCAGUUCAGCCCGGGACAGACGUGAGAGUCUUCAUGCGCGUGCACGGCAGAGCGACCUCCCGCAGGCAUGUGGCGCUGCAACGGCAGCCUCCGUGGGUCCACGCACCCUUCCUACCUUCAGGAAGCACGCGCAGGUGAGAUGGUGCCCUUUUCUCACCCGUUUACGGGCACGGAGCUCUGAUUUUGCUGGGUUAGGGCAGCGUUAAAGCCGGGCACGGGAUCUCCGGCCAGGCGGCUGGAAACUUUUCUUGUUUGAUCGUUUUUGGAGAGCACCAAUCCCUGGAUUCCCCAGCGGAGCCGAGGGAUCGGUGCCAUCUCGGUGUGGGUGACGUUGGGACCCUGAAAUUCUGGAGACCUCGGACCCAGCCGCCGUGCCUUGGACCGUUGGCAGACACUGGGCUAUUCUGUUUACUCAGGACACGGGCGAAAACCAGAGUUGGGGCUUCUGUGUAACGGGGACUCUGAAUCGAAUUAAAAUGAUGGAGAGGCUGGGCUUUCUACCCCCUCCAAACACA